AUUUAUUCUAUUCGUUUUUUCGUCUAUCAGAAAAAAGAUAAUUAUCUGCCCACAAACAAACGCAAAUAUUGGCAGAACCUCUGUCAAAACUCGGCGUUGUUUCACAGAAUCUUCUCGCUCCAUUGUUUCUCUCUCUAAACCUUGCCCAUUCACACCGCUCCACUUUUGUCGUUUUAUAUACUUGACCUAUCUCUCUCUAUUUCCACAUACACACGCAUCAAGAUCUGGCCGGAAAAGUAUGGGAUCGUUGAAUCCACCGGAACUUACCUUGGAUUGCAGCCUAUCGUCGGAAUAUUGGGUUCCGAAAUCGACCGGAGAGUUUCUUCUCGAGGUCUCCAGAACCCAAAGCGUGUCCGAGAAGGUUUCGAAGCUUGACGAUUACGUUAAUCGGUUGCAGGAGGAGAUGAAGAAGAUCGACGCGUUUAAGAGGGCGCUGCCUCUUUGUAUGCUCCUCCUCACCGAUGUCAUAGCGACAGUGAAGAAAGAGCUAAUCCAGUGCAAGAGCUCGAUGGAUAAGCCGAUUAUUGAAGAAUUUAUACCAUUAAAGGAAAAGAACACCGAUGAAAAGGAUGAGACGGCUGAGGAAAAGGACAUCUCCAUCACCGGUGACAAAAUGAAUUGGAUGAGCUCUGUUCAGUUAUGGAACUCCGAUGGUAAUCCCAACAGUACGGAUAAUUCCAGCCACAAUAAAAAAAGAAAGGAGGAAGUGAUUAGCCGACCAUUGGAUGAUUUGUUUCCAAAUGGUAAAAACCGGAAAUUCGAAAGGGGGUUUGAGCCUCUGAAGGGAUGCAAUGUUUUUCCGGUGAUGAAUUUAGGCAAAAAAACAAUUAACGAGCUGUCGGGAGUAACGGAGCUUUCACUUCGUACUCCUGAAAUCAAGAGCUCAAAGGAAGAGAUUUCGCCAGUCAGUUUUGGCCCAAAAUCUAGCUGUAACAGAUCAGGUUCUUCAUCUGCAACUAAUGAUCAACACUGUGGUAAGGAACAAACCAAUAGGAAGCAAAGGAGAUGCUGGUCAGCCGAAUUGCAUCGCCGGUUUGUUUGUGCUCUGCAACAACUCGGAGGUCCUCAAGGUUUUUCUGGUUUUGUGGCCUCAUUCGGUUAUGUUGAAUGUUUUUCAGCUGCUACCCCAAAGCAAAUCAGAGAGCUUAUGCAAGUUGAUGGUCUCACAAACGAUGAAGUCAAGAGUCAUUUACAAAAAUACCGCCUUCACACAAGACGAGUGACUCUAUCAGCAAACCCUUCAUCCGGCGCUGAGCUGGGAGGUUUGUGGGCAUCUCAUGAAAACUGUGGUGAGCCCUCAAAGGCCAGUAAUUCCCAAUUGAGUUCGCCUCAGGGCCCGUUUACUUCAACAACUGGUACUGAUAGCUUGGAAGAUGAGGAGGAUGAAAAAUGGGAGAGCCAUAGCUGGAAGGGUCAUAAUCAAAUAUCCAAGAAAGUUGCCGUAUAGUUUUGUUGUCGUCCAACCUUGAGUUUUGCAGAUACAAGAAAAAAUGACAAACAUCAGAGGACUUUGAUUAUAAAUAAGGUUUUUUAUGAUACUAUAUGAAUGAUCUUGGGGCUGUGUGGCAGAAUUUUGCAGGACAUAGUUUUGUCUGAGGCUUUGUUUUUUCCCCAUGAGAUUCUAUAUUAUUUUGGUGUUUUGACAUGUGCAAGUGGAAUAAUGUGUCAGGCUAUCUUCUUCUCUCCAUUUCCUGGUACAAUUUGAUCUUCAGUUAACUGACCUUUGAAAUAUCAGAUGAAUUAGAGCGUGAAGAUACAAAAGACAAAUUGAGAGGGCUAAACUGAAGUCCUCGUAUAUUUUUCUUUCAUCUGAAUCCAGGAGAUUUGAGUUUGGAUAUAUUUUGUUAUACUGGACUUGUUCUUGUCUUUUUUGGUAGUAGUGAGGUAGAGAUUUUUGUAAGACAGAAUUUUGAGAGAGCUGAUUUUGAUAAUAUGAUCAAGUAAAAUGAAAAGAUGAAUAAAAUUUGCAUCCAGAAAUAUGCCACUGGAAAUAGUUGAAUUUGAAAGAUAA